GGCGCAACUAGUGGGACUGGUGGGACCGGUCCUCCAUGAAGAUCCGUAUCUAGAGCAACACUUGCACACAUAUAAUUUUACAGAGAGGGUGUCUAAGUACAGAUGGAUCUAUUGCUUUAUCUUAUCCUCAAUGCGGCAUCAAAGAUUUCCUUGGCCAUCAAAUACGUCGACUCUAUCUUCCCACACUAUGGUAUGCAAUCUACGGAAACGCAUCCGCGGAAGCCAUCUAGGCCUUUAUCUAUUAACCAGGCCACACAUUCCUGCCCUUUUUUGGGACCAAAAGCCUACCUGAUGUCUUGGCAAUAUCCACGUAUAACAGUCAAAUGUUAGUGUACUGAUUACAGUAGAAAGAGUCCAUAAGAACCUUUUCCCAGAGGGUUAAUAACUUUCCGCGAUACAAUCUUCCACUAUAAUAGUUUGUAGUA